AUCUGUAAAAAGUUCUUGUUUCUUCAUCUAGUUGAAUUGAAUCUUGGUGGAUCAAUCUCGCAGGAGCUAUGGUUGUCCCUGCUGUUCCAGAGUUUGUUCACCCCACCCCCUCCUAUUGCUCUCUUCACAUCUCAUCUCCUCCCUCGGCUAGAGUCUGUGCUUGAGGAUAUUUGAAGCUCUGUGCCUCCACGCUAACAUAGUUUCUUUGAAGAAUUGUCGAGUCGGAAAUACAUGAAUCGGUGACCGCUCGUACUGAAUCUCUUCCUAUCCUGCGUGAAUUGGGACCCCCAGAUUUGGUCCAUCUAACAAAAUCCCAACCCAAGGUUGGCUUGAAGGAGGUAGCAGAUUAUUCUUUCCCGCUCAUACCUGUCGUGGCCCGCCGGAUUGUCUAGUUUCUGGGAGCUUAUAAGUCGUAUAGAUUGGCACAUACCAUCAUGUUACUGGUGUGGAUGCUUCCUCAUCAGCCUCCUUAGCAGCUUACAUCAAUACUCUCACUUAUUUAAUCGGUGAGAACCAGAUUUGGUUUGGCAAACUGCAGUCGUGGCGUAUAGCCACGGGCAUAUAUUGGUAUGCGUUCCAUCCUGCCCAGUUUGAAUAAACUAGCUUGCACGUCUCAGAUUGUUUGUUAAGGCUGAGGUUUUAGCUGUUAUAACGCCUUCUCUCGGGUCGACAUGCGGGUUGAGGUUAAAAUCCCUGGGUCUGUUGAAGCGUAUGCGGUGGAUGAACAUGGAGAAAAACGGGUAGCAUCGGAAUUACUCUGGCUUGAAACCUAUCUAUGCGGAGUGCUGCGGGCGUUUAACUAUGCUGAUGACCAGCAAAAUCGGAUUGUUGGCUGUCGGAGAUUUAACCCAAUUACUAGUACUGAGGCGGAACACAAAUUUCUGGAUGCUGCAGAGCGGCUGUUCUCCAGGGGUACGUUAUAUCUCGCAUUCUCCUUACAUACAAUGGCUUAAUGUGGUAUAUACAGGCUGGCAGUUGGGUUCUGAUCCUGAAAUCCAGGUCCCAAACAUGGUCUCUAAUUACUUGACUUCUGGACUCCUCACCUACAUUCACACUACCGGUCGAUUUGCAUCAGGGGUAAACCUUUUUGAAAAGCUUCGCUCAAGGGAACCUGAGGUUGCUUCUCUUCUAGCUCGUGUUUUGAUUGACGCGGAUGAAGAGGUUAAGGCUGUGUCUCUCUUAUAUGAAACCAUUAAGCUAUUGCCGUUAGAUAGUGGUCUUCUUGAUGUUCAAGCGGAGUUCUGCAUGGGCAAAGGGCGAUACGAUCUCGCUUUGGAAUGCGCCAAGAAGGCGGUUAACAGUGCCCCAAGUGAAUUCACUACGUGGGAACGGCUUGCUCAGGUAUACCUAAGGCUUGAGCACUAUGAACUGGUUUGUUUGCCUAAUCCGUAUUUCUGGGGAGCGGGUGCUCAUAUUGCAACUGACUAGGCUCUCCUCACUCUCAAUUCCUGCCCAAUGUUCACCUACCAAGACCGCGACCACCCCAAAAUGCCGCAGCCCACCAAAAUGCACCUUCCUGUCCUUGUUGAGUCGGUCCUAGACGAGAUGUCUGACGAGAAUCAUGACCCUAAACACGACAAGGUGGAUGCAGCUUUGCUGAAGCUUCCGGCCGCAAGCUUGAAAGGUACUUUUGCCAAGGCCUAUGAGGUCCUUACAGAAAUUACCGGCCAGAUUGGAUGGGACAUGCUCUUGAAAUAUAGAAGCAGUGUUUUUGUUAUGGAAGAGGAGUACCGCUUUGAGAAGAGUGCAAGCAUCACAGCUGUCAGAGGUGGAAGCACGAGCAAGAGUAGUGACUCUGAUGCAGAGGAUGAAGGGCCGGGUGAUGACAAGCUAGCUAUUAAUGGUCAUAGUGAGGAAAUAGGAGCGAAGGAGAAUUGUGAAAAGGGAAAAGAGGAUGGUGAUCAGGAAGAACAUGCGGUUAUUAUUGAAAAACCGGAACAUUCUGUUUUGCCUGAGGAGGUGAAAGGUGGGGCCGAAACCGGUCAUCCAAAUUCUGAAGGGAAGGUAUCUGGCCAGAAAUAUUCUCACAUCCAAAAUAAACGCCUUUGUGAGCGAUGGUUGGACAAUCUCUUCAUGGUCCUUUAUGAGGUAUCAUCUGAUCAUAUCACGUUUUAGGCGAAGCUAACGCCGAACUAGGAUUUAAGAGUCUACACUAUAUGGCGAUCGGACCUCGUGCGCUAUGGGCAACAGAAACGUCCCUACCGUAAAUCUGCUACUGAGCUUGAAAUUCUUGGGGAACUAGCUCAACGGCUCCAUCACCACGCUGAAGCGGAGGAGGCCUUUCAGUCGUGCCUCCAGGUCCGCUUCUCUGCAAGAGCGCUCCGUGGCGUCUUGCAAACACAGGAGAAAAACAAAGACAACAGAGGUGCUUUAAAUAGCAUCAUUCGAUUAACUGCUUGGCAAUAUAGGUGGUAUUCGGAGGUUCGUGUCCACACCUACCUGAGACUGGGACAGAUGACUGAUAGCGUAGUUCUCGCCUGCGAUCCUGUACUCGAUACGAAAAUUGAUUGCCGAAGAUGGAGCAGUCAAGGUUCGUAGCAUAGUUCAAGCCACAAACUUCCCGCAGAGUGUUCUCGACUUGACCCAUAAUUAUGCACAGCUCUGUGCGGCCUUCCGCAGCAGCGGUAGCGAUGGCUAGAAUAAUUAUUCAAUUGUCCCGCACUUUGUUAUUCCGCUAGACGGACCUCCGGAUCAACGAAUCUUUUUACUUCUUAUUUUUGCCUAUCAAGGAGACACAUUGUUUGCAGGGAGCACUUCUUUCCCUUUUCUCCUUGCUUUUUUCGGAAAGUCCGCUCUUUUUAAUUACACAUAGUUUUCUAUUCGAAUAGUAGGAAGACAGAAUUAAAGUUUGAUUAGCUAUCUUUCCAUU